UUGAAAAAUAAAAUAAAAUAAAAUAGAGAAAAACAACAAAUAAAAAAGGAAAAUUAGAAAGACCUAUUCCUCUCUGCGUUCCAUUCAUUUUCCUCCAUCAUCGAGAAGAGACAAAGGAAAAAAAAACCCUAAAACGAGAUGAUGCUUCGAGUAGCAGGUAGAAGGCUUUCUUCUUCAGCCGCUAGAUCUUCAUCUAGCUUCUUUACAAGAAGCUCUUUCACCGUUACCGAUGAUUCGUCUCCGGCCAGAUCUCCUUCUCCGUCACUCACCUCUUCGUUUCUCGAUCAAAUCAGAGGUUUCUCAUCUAAUUCGGUUUCUCCCUCACAUCAGUUGGGUUUAGUCUCGGAUCUUCCAGCCACUGUGGCUGCGAUUAAGAACCCCAGUUCAAAAAUUGUAUAUGAUGACUCCAACCAUGAGCGUUAUCCACCUGGUGAUCCAAGCAAACGUGCUUUUGCUUACUUUGUCUUGACAGGAGGUAGGUUCGUCUAUGCCUCAUUGCUUCGCCUCCUGAUUCUCAAGUUUGUUCUGAGCAUGUCUGCUAGUAAAGAUGUCCUUGCUCUUGCUUCUCUUGAGGUGGAUCUUUCCAGCAUUGAACCAGGGUCAACUGUUACUGUCAAGUGGCGUGGAAAACCUGUUUUCAUCAGACGCCGCACUGACGAUGACAUCAAAUUGGCAAACAGUGUUGAUCUUGGCACCCUUCGUGACCCGCAACAAGAUGCUGAGAGGGUCAAAAAUCCAGAAUGGCUUGUGGUUGUUGGGGUAUGUACUCAUCUAGGGUGCAUUCCUUUACCAAAUGCUGGUGAUUUUGGUGGUUGGUUUUGCCCAUGCCAUGGCUCCCAUUACGACAUCUCUGGUAGGAUUCGCAAAGGACCCGCACCGUAUAAUCUGGAGGUGCCUACCUACAGUUUCUUGGAAGAGAACAAGUUACUUAUUGGUUGAGAAAUUGUCUUAGUUUCCAAGACAACUUGUAGCUGCUGGACCAAAAUUGGAUCUUGCGUUUAGCUUUCUUGAGUUAUACAUGGAUUGUAUUUACUGACCAGUACUGGUAGCACACUUUUUUGAGUGAAUAAUUCUGCUGGAUGUUUGUUAAGAGAUUUUCUGAUGCCUCAUAUUUGUUUUGAAUAAACUUUCCAAAGAUUUACUUAUUUAUUAGUCUAAAUAUGUGAUUGUGACCA